AUGGUAUACGGCGAGGCUAGUUAUCUUUCACAAAAUUUUCAACGCCAGUUAUUGGAGAAUCCUUCUUUCAUUCAUGCAUAUCAGAUGGAUAUUGAAGAACAAAUCACAAAUGUGUUUUGGUGUGAUGCAAAUAUGAUUUUAGAUUAUGGAUAUUUUGAUGAUGUUGUGUCAUUUGACACCACAUAUUGUACCAACUUUGCAAAUAGACCACUUGCUCUGUUUUCUGGUUUCAACCACUAUAAGGGUUUGAUCAUUUUUGGUGCAGCACUAUUGUAUGAUGAAACAAUUGAGUCAUUUAAGUGGUUGUUCGAUACAUUCUUACAAGCACACAACAACAAAAAAUCAAAGAUUGUCUUCACUGACCAAGAUCAAGCAAUGGCUAAAGCAUUUGCUAAAGUAAUGCUUGAGACUCACCAUGGUUUAUGCACUUGGCACUUGUCACAAAAUGGGAUUAAACACCUUGGAAACUUGAUGAAAGGAGGAAGUUAUUUUUUAAGAGAUUUUAAAAAGUGCAUGUAUGAUUAUGACAUUGAAAAAUAUUUUGAAACAGCUUGGAUCGACUUGAUCAACGAGUAUAAUGUUCAUGAUAAUAACUGGAUCAAAUCAGUUUAUGCUAUUAAAAAAAUGUAUUUCAUGCUAUAUGAAUGGAGCAUUAACACUUGGUAUGCGGAGUACCCAAGUUAG